GUGGAAGUGACCCAUUCCAUUGUUUUUGAGGAAGGUGACAGAAAUAGUACGAAGAAAACAGCUUCAUUAUUGUCACAAGUCAUAAGGCAGAAGAUCAGAGUUGAGAAUUCAGAUCUCUCUCUUCCACCAUGAAAACCCAUCAACAACCAAAACUGAAAACCCAACUAUUCUCAUGUGGCUUCUUCCGCCACUGCGCCCAAACAGUCCUCAGCCCCACCGGCACCACCCCUCCCCUCCCUCAGACCCCCCCUGGCUUCCAAUGCGAAUCCUCCACCUCCUCCUCCUCUUCCUCCACCACUUCCCAAAGCUUCACCCAGUGGAGAUUCUCUCCUCCAACCCCCACCACCACCACCAAUAGCAACCUCAUCCAAACAAACACUAACCCUCCUUCUCCUCCUCCGCCACCCCAAAUCCACAACCUCCAAGAACUCUUCCACAUUUUAGAGCUUCAACUAACCACCGACCCAACCUCCGUUCUCAACCUUCUAGAACGUUCUCUCGUCCCCAACCCUCCCCAGAACCAACCACCGUGUCCUCCGAACCUUAUGCGCGCCCUCACCGCCAACCUCGCCACCGCCAAACCCGCCACCAAGAUCCUCUUCGCGCUCUGCCUCUCCGAUGCCAACCGCCGCGUCGCCGUCGAGACCGGCGCCGUCUCCGCCGUCGUGGAGGCCGCACCCGACCUCGACGGCGCCCCCGCCGAGCGCGCCCUUGCUGCCCUCGAGCUUAUGUGCACGCUCCCCGAGGGCGCCGAGGAGCUCCGCGCUCACGCCCUCGCCGUCCCCGUCAUGGUCACCAUGAUGGCCAAGACCGCCGCAAGGGGCAAGGAGUACGCCAUCGGAGUCCUCGCCGUCGUCUACGGCAGCGUAGGCGGCGGCGAGGAGCACCACACCGCGCCUCCCGAAGAGGUGGCGCGUGCGGUGGAACUCGCUCUGCAGGGCGAGUGCAGCGCCAGGGGGAGGAGGAAAGGUGCGCAGCUGUUGAAGACGCUGCAACAACUCUCUCAGGCUGAGCUUGAAGCUGCUGAGUCUCACCUUCACGAAGCCAAUUGAAGGUUUUAAAUUACAGUUACUAGAAAUGUAACUGUUAAGGCCAUGAUUACAGUUACAUUGCAGUAGCAAAACUUUUGUAAAAUAAAGUAACACUGUUCUUUUUUUCUAGUUUUUUGGACUGUACAGUAUUUAGAAUUAUUCUUGUUAUGCUUGCUUCUGUUACAAUAUUAUCAAACUUAUUGUGUAUUGUUUUUUCUUCUGGCUGGCUAUUAGGAUGAGAUGAAUGGCUAAUCUUUCAUCGGCUUAUAUUAA